AUGGCAUCAAAGGCAGAAAAGAAGCCCGCCGAGAAAAAGCCAGCAAAGGAGAAGAAGACGGCGGUGGCCGGGAAGGCCCCGGCGGAGAAGAAGCCCAAGGCCGGGAAGAAGGUCCCAAAUAAGGACGGCGGCGAGAAGAAGAAGAAGAAGGCGAAGAAAAGUGUGGAGACCUACAAGAUCUACAUCUUCAAGGUCCUGAAGCAGGUCCACCCCGACAUUGGGGUCUCGAGCAAGGCCAUGGGCAUCAUGAAUAGCUUUAUCAACGACAUCUUCGAGAAGCUCGCCCACGAGGCUUUGAGGUUGGCGAGGUACAACAAGAAGCCGACCAUCACUUCUAGGGAGAUCCAAAUGGCGGUGAGGUUGGUGCUACCAGGUGAGCUUGCCAAGCACGCUGUCUCGGAGGGGACUAAGGCCGUCACCAAGUUUACCAGCUCUUAG